AUGCUGAGUCCUUCGGCCAAUUACAUUAAAAAAGCUUUUGCAGCGGCCGUUCAGCAUACAUGCAGCUCUGCAUGCUGGAAUUGUAAUCAUCGUCUAAAUACUGCAAGAAAUAGCCUUUUCUGUGAAUCAUGUCAUAAGAUCCAAGCACCAACCUGCGAAAAUUUCUUUCAAUUGUUCAACCAACCAAAGCAAUAUCAAUUUGACCUCAAAAAGCUUGAUAAAACAUACUUAUCUCUUCAGAGAAAAGUACAUCCUGAUAGAUUUUACUCCAAAUCAGAGAAAGAGAAAGAAUUGAGUAUUAAGGCUUCAGGUUGCAUCAAUGAAGGAUAUCAUACAUUACGAAACCCUGUUUCAAGAGGCGAAUAUUUACUUCAUUUAUUUAAUGAGAAGGUUCUUUCUGAUGUUCCACAAGAUUUUCUCAUGGAAGUUCUCGAAUUCCAUGAAGAAAUGGACUCGGCAACUGAAGCUGAAGAGUUAAUCAAAUUACUUCAAAAAGUCCAGAAAAUGAUGAAAGAUUUGACAUCUCAGCUUGCAACAGACUUAGAGAUCAAAGAUGGAAAGCUUUUAAAUGCUGCAGAAGCUGCAAAAACGCUUUCUAAACUUAAAUAUUUAUCCAGAAUCCGCGAUACGCUCAAACAAAAAAUCCCUGUUCAAAAAUUAUAA